UGCCCUGAAAUACAAUAUGAAUAACUAUAUAAGCAAAAAUCUAAACAACAAAGUGAAUGAUGAUAUAAGUGGCAACCUAAAUGAUAAUAUAAGUGGCAACCUUAAUGACGAUAUGAGUAGCAACCUGAAUGAUGAUAUUAACAGUAGCCUAAACAACAAUAAGAAUAGUGAUCUAAACUACAAAAACUUUAAUGAUG